AAAUCCCUCAAUCGCUCACACAGGGCGAGCAAAAAAGAAGUACAAAAAUUUAUAUAGAGCCCAUCGAAGGGCGCCCGAGGGUUUCCCUUUACUUCCCUCCUCUUCCGAAGCAUAUUAUUAGAGAGAGAGAGAGAGAGAGAGAGAGAGGAAGUUAGGGGUUCGAGAUCUGGGGUUAGGGUUUCGCGGGCGUCGCACUGGUUUGGGAGGAAGAAGAUGAGCAGCGCGAAUUCGACGGCCGCGAGCUCCCAUGGCAACCUCGAUGAGCAGAUCUCGCAGCUCAUGCAGUGCAAGCCUCUCUCCGAGCCAGAGGUUAGAGUGUUGUGUGAGAAGGCAAAAGAGAUACUGAUGGAAGAGAGCAAUGUCCAACCUGUCAAAAGCCCUGUGACAAUAUGUGGUGAUAUUCAUGGUCAAUUUCAUGAUCUAGCAGAAUUAUUUCGAAUCGGUGGGAAGUGUCCAGACACAAAUUACCUAUUCAUGGGAGAUUAUGUAGACCGUGGGUACUAUUCAGUUGAAACUGUCACGCUUCUGGUGGCUUUGAAGGUCCGCUAUCCUCAGCGAAUUACGAUUCUUAGAGGAAACCAUGAGAGUCGUCAGAUCACUCAAGUUUAUGGGUUUUAUGAUGAGUGCUUACGGAAAUAUGGCAAUGCAAAUGUUUGGAAGAUCUUUACAGAUCUUUUUGAUUAUUUUCCUCUGACGGCAUUGGUCGAGUCAGAAAUAUUUUGCUUGCACGGAGGUUUAUCACCGUCAAUUGAGACCCUUGAUAACAUACGCAACUUUGACCGUGUCCAAGAAGUUCCUCAUGAAGGCCCCAUGUGUGACCUUUUAUGGUCUGACCCUGAUGACCGAUGUGGCUGGGGUAUUUCUCCUCGUGGUGCUGGGUAUACCUUCGGACAAGAUAUUUCGGAGCAGUUCAACCAUACAAAUAACCUUAAGUUGAUAGCCAGAGCUCAUCAGUUAGUGAUGGAAGGGUACAACUGGGGACAUGAGCAAAAGGUGGUGACCAUAUUUAGUGCACCUAAUUAUUGCUACCGAUGUGGGAAUAUGGCCUCCAUCUUAGAAGUUGACGAUUGCAAGGGGCAUACAUUUAUUCAGUUCGAGCCUGCCCCAAGAAGAGGGGAGCCGGAUGUAACUCGUAGAACGCCUGAUUAUUUCCUGUGAAAGCACAGCUUAUGGAGGAAGAGGUGUGCUCAUUUGUCGCAGCAAUUGUAUGCUUAAUUGAGCUUGUGAUUGCAGAUAUUUCUGUGAGAUCCUAUCGGUCUGAUUGACGACUAUGGGAUGAUGCUUAUGCUUGGUGGUUUGGUUGGGAAUUUUUUUUUUUAAUUUCAUAAUUUAGUAGGAAUGAUCGUCUAUUUUUAUACUUACGAACCUUGUGAUUGUUUCCAUUUCGAGUCAGAGGCGGUAGGACUGGUAUGAAUGAAGAAUCAGCAGCAACAUGUAUCAUCUCGGAGGGGAUUGAUUAUUGGUUUUCCACCUUUCUGUUCUUUUUUUCCUUUCAUCUUUCUUUCAUCUUUUCUUUGUUCUUGUAGAGGGGAAUUUCACAAAUUGGGGUCUCUAUUUGCAAUUGUUAGUUUCUCACUCUACUUCAAUAUCACAUUAUCUUCCUGAACUAAUGUGGCUAAUUGUAUGUACUGGGGUUAUUUGAACUAUUGUAGCUGUAAAUGUUCUGUUGUUCCCUGUAUGCAUGAUUCUUACCCUCUUUCAUGGUGGGCAUUCAUAAAUUUUGUUACUUUUCCA